AUGUAUGGCUUCCAAACCCUCCUCGGCGCUUCUGCCACCAUCCUCGCAAUCCUGUCUCCAACAACUGCCCGAUUGACAAGAAAAAACGAGCAGAGCGCCACCGCGUGUUGUGAGGAAAUCGAAGACUGCUACACUCUUAGCGGGAAGACCGACGACGGGCUCAAUUGGUGCGCUGGGUACUGGACGGGUACAACAAACUGGACCCAAGGCGAUGCCGACACGGCCAAAUGCCUGACCAACCUUCAUUAUGUGCAAAACGACAAAUGCAUCACGAAAUCUGGCAGCUCCUGCGACAACGGCGACUCAUCGCCUGAUGUGGCUAAGGCGUACGACACCUUUUUAUACGGCAAUUACCAGCUAUCAUCGAAUGACUCAAGGGCUAUUCAAGCGGCGAUGGAUGCGAUGGUUGGAAAACAAAUCGAUCUUGACGUUGAUGCCGGUUCGGAUGGAUAUAUUGUGUUUGUCCAUGUUGCUGACAAUGGGUCGGGGAUUAAUGGGAUCGAGGUGUAUAACUCAGGAGGUUGCUAG